AUGCCUCCGAUGGGAACGCCCGUGGACCCAGCUCGCAAGAAACGACAUCUCCAAACCACUCUUUCCAGAUCAAUUUCGCCAGGUCGCUAUCUGAGCCAUCUCAAAUCGAGUCCGCGAGAAGCCCGAAUACAAUUCCUCGAGCUCGAACAAGGUGCGCUGCGUGAACUUCGCGCCGACAAGUGUGACGAGGAAUAG